AUCAAACCACCCUGUCCGUUGGAGGGGCGUUGGAGGUUGGAGCAGGAGUGCGCUGCUCGUGCUGUUGCUAGCGAAUGGUCAGGCAACAUGGAAGACCCGCGGGAUGUUCAAACUUCUAAACGAAACGGGAGCUCCAGGUCCGUAUUAUCGUCCGGUUCGGCGGUGGCUAUGGAGAUUAAACGAAAGAAAAUCAGACAGAGCGCCUUAUUCCUGCAAACAGAGAAGAGCACUAACAUACAAGAAAAGCUUGACUUUGAGAUGCGAAUACGGGAUGGUGCCUACAAGCUGUUGCUCGCCUGCAGUAAGCGAGAACAGGUUCUCAGUGCCUCCAAGAACCUGCUGACUUGCAAUGCCAGGAUCAAGGCUUAUCUCACGCAGCUGCAGAAGAAGAAAAGGGAGCAGGACAUGAUGGGAGCAGUUGGAGGAUUUUCAGAUCCAGUUUCAGAUUACCGUGUGCCCUGUAAUGGGACAGUUGCGUUGUCUGGGCUGCGUAUUCCAUUGAUGUGGAGGGAUUCAGACCACUUUAACAACAGAGGGAGCUCCCGUCGAGUGGCGGUUUUCUGUCUGAUGCAGAUUGGCUCAGAGGUGUUUGACACACAGAUGGUGGUGGUGGACAGAUCAGUCACUGACAUCUGCUUUGAAGGAGUCUCCAUCUUCAAAGAAGCAGUUCCUCAGUUUGAGCUGAGGGUGGAGCUGUGGAGCUGUGCCCUGGAGGAAGAGCUCACUAUGGUGAACACGCCAAAGAAACUAGCCAAGAAGCUCCGCAACUCCUUUGGAAAGUCUUCUGGGAAGAAGCUCUGCCCUCUGCUGGACUCUCCAGACCCUGACACCUUCCUGCAGUACAACCCCAUACCUCCUGGAGCCAAGUACAACCUGCUGGCCCACACUACACUGUAUCUGCCUGAGGCUGAAGGCAGCUUCCAGUCUCACUCCCUCAUUGUCCUCCAAGACGCUGAGUGGUCCUCCUGGCUUCCACUCUAUGGCAACCUCUGCUGCCGGCUGGUGGCUCAGCCUGCCUGCAUGACACAGAGUAUGAUGACUGGCUACCUGAGCCAAAAGCAAAGUGUGGAGGGGAUGUACCGCUGCUGCAGUCUGUACUGUGCGCUGAGUGCUGGCUUUUUGUCCUGUUACUUUACCCCGGAAGAAAUUGAUGCUAAAGUGCAGCCCACUCUCAGCGUACCCAUCAACAAGGACACCCGGAUCCGUGUCAUGGAGAAGGUGUCAGCAGGCCAAAAAUCCAGGAGUUUGUCCAUCAUCAACCCAUUCCCAGAGGGAUCUCAGACCGUCAUCUUCACCACAGAAACCAGGGAUGAGCUGGAGGACUGGCUGGAUGCCCUCCACCAGCACCUCUAUGACCAGAGCCAGUGGCUGCACUGCUGCAACCAGCUAAUGAAGAUCGAGGUCGCGUCACCACGGAAACCAUCUCUCUUCCUCACCAAGCAGGCUGACUCUGUUUACAAUGACCUCAGUAUAAAUUCACCUGGCAAGUUUGAGAGCAUCACAGACAUCAUCCACAACAAGAUAGAGGAGACAGAUGGCCACUUUCUUAUUGGUCAUGAAGAGGAGAAGGAAGCGGCUAACUGGUCAAGUCUGUUUGAUGGGUCCCAUUCACUGGUAGUGCAGAAGAAUGUGUUGUCCCAGAGCAAAACAUCCACCCCCUGUUCAAGCCCCAACGCCAGCUCGACACCCACUAGCAACAAGAAGCGCCGUGCCCCGCCCCCUCCCUCUGACAGAGAGCCUUUUGCUCCUCCCACUCGUCCUGCCAGGCCUCCCCUCCCUGCUUCUCUUCGUCCUCCUUCCCCAUACCAGGAGAAGGAGAACUCCGGCACUUGCACUUCACGCCCAGCUACAAGGUCCAAAACCGGCAGACCUUCUCUGGAUGCCAAAUUCUCUGCCAUCAUUCAGCAGCUCCAGCGGAACAACACUGGAGGAGCCGGAGCCCUCAGCCGGAAGAACGCCCCGCUGGGCAUUCUCGAUGUACAGCCACAAAGCCAGCCUCAGCCCCUUCUCCAGCAGGUGGAGUACCAAAACAGUGAAGCAACAGAGGAACAUGGCUUCGUCAGAGCGAGUCACGGCUCUGGCCCUGGUCCUGUUCCUGUACCGAGGAGCAAACUGAGGAAGUCCUUCAGAGAGAGGAUGAACCUUAAAGCCUUGUGACCUCAACCUCUAACCAUAUCUAGUUAAACAACUUAACCACUAUAACAAGUACCUAUAACAUCUGCGAUUGUAUCUCAGUAGUGAUAAUGUGAUUGUAUUUGAGGCGUUACUGUUGGUGUGGUCCUUAGUUAGCAGAGAUCAAUUCUAUUAUCAUAUUUGAAUGCUAGAUAUAAUGCUGCACAAAGGUAACAAAAUACACCUCUAGUGCUCACAGUAAGAUUCCUAGAAGUCACUGCUCCCAUCUAAGAAAUGCAUAACCUUCCUGUAAAAAAAUGUUAAACUAUGUUAAUUAGUGAGCUUUAAAGGUGCUGGUUAACAGGUUUUGUUACCUUUGGACGGAGCCUGACUAGCUGUUUUACCAUGCUUUCAGUCUUUAUGCUAAGCUAAGCUAACCGUCUUCCAGCUCCAGCAUCACAUGGAGCCAAUAGAAAAGAGAGUGAUAUCGACCUUCUUGUUCCAUUUCCCAAUCUGACCUUAAGGAUGGGUGGGUAAUGUGGUCUUUAAAAGAAAGAAAAAAAAAAUCCACCAUGACAACCCAAAUCCCAGCUGACACCUCAUAUCACAAUACUGUAUUGAUACAUCUCCAACUCAACUCUCCUUUUCUAAACCUUGUCAUGAAAUUGAAAGCUGUAUGUUGGCUUGAGCACUGGCAUCAUCCAUCCCACUAAAAUGGAAAGGCUUAUUUCUCAGCUCCGCCACUGGAACAUGAACCAAAGAAAAGGCCUUUGCAAAAGCGCUCAAAUUGGAAUUGAUCCAUUGGCCGACUGCGGACGAGUCAUUUUUUUUGGAGCUAUUGACUUAUUCCACUUACUGUGACAAUUUUAUGACCACUAUAGCAGAUUUUAAAGGAACAGGAUUUUAGGAGCAAUUGCAAGCACUAAUGUGACUUCUCCAUUUCCCAGAGGUCUUAAUAAUGGACUGACCUUGGUUUUCAGUGGCUGCACAGUAUGUCCAACAUAAUUUAACACUGCAGCCCACAAAUGCUACGAACAUAAUUGAAUGAAUGAGUCUUUCAAGUGGCUAAAAUAAUGAAUGCCCUUGUGUUUUGUGUUUUGAACAUAUCCAAUAUGGCCAACCACUAAAUACUUCAACCACUUAACAAUCACAUGUUGAAGAAUGGCCUCCAUAAUUACACACAGUGUACAAAACAUUAGGUUUAGCUACUUUUUCUGAAAUUGCCUGGCCAGAUGAAGCAGUGUGGUGAAAGCUACAAUCCCAUUUUUUCAUUUCACCCUCUAAAUUCUGUUUAAUCAAGAGAGGGAGAUGUAGAUUUUUUUUUGGGGGGGGGGGGGGGGAUUACAGGAGGAUUUAGUUUAAGCCUUGAAAGAACGGAGAAUGAUUUGUACAAAAGGGAAUGCCGUUCAAUAUUAGCAACAUGUUUCAAAUGUUUUCUGUGCUUGGUGUGUAUUACCAAUACGCUAGUCACUUUGAUUUUGUACUGUAUACACCUGGAAAAGCAAGGGACGGUUAUAGAGUCAAACUAAUAUGAUGAUUAUGGCUAAAAUCAUCACAAUAAUUUUUAGAUUAAGCAUGCUAGAGACAAAGAACAAUAAAUUACAUGUUAAUAUUACAUGCGGAUAUGAAGCUGUAUGGAGAGCAUGUGAUCUAAAUGUUAUUAACUUUAUGACUAAAAAAGACUGAACAACCUCACUUUGAUAUGAACUUCUAUUCAUUGACGAUGAUUUAAAAAUGUUUUUUUGCUUGUCUUUUUGUUUAUUGAUUACACAUGACAGCAAUAAUUUGUAGGUUUUUUGAUUAAAAUGUUCUGUAAUUCUUUUUUAUAGUAUAUUAACUACGUGUCAUCUCAGUGUUCCUUUCAGCACAUUAAUUAUUUACACUUUAGGUCGCCUUGCAUUUAUGUAGAAGUAAGCAGCGAUACAUUAAUCUUGUCUCAGAGUAAUUUGUGUCUAGUACAAUGUGAAAAAAAUAUUGUAGUUAUUUUUGUCUCUCAGAAAGUGCAAUUCUUUCCUCUCUUUUCACUGUUGUCUUGGAAGCUAACUGUAUUUUUUUUUUUAUUAUUGCUGAUCUGCAAUAAAACGGCCUACAUUCUA